AUGAACCAAACUGUCAAGCAAGUUAAAUCUGGAUCCACCCAAGGAAGAAGCCAAGCAUCCAGUUACAACCAAACUGUCCGUCGAACAGGAUCCGUUGUUUCCUAUCAUGGAGGUCGUCAUCAAGCCCAGCAUGGAGGACACAUUAGAGCUCCCAGUGUCCAUGGUGGAUCUGGUGGAAAAGGCAUUAGCAUCUCUAGACACUUCUCCCAUGGCCACAGCUUUGGAUCUGUUCAUGGUUCCAGUCACGGAAAUCACUUUGUCCACCAAAGCACUCAUGGCGUUUUCAAGAAUGAUGGCCUUUUGUCCUUUAAUGAAAAAGAGACAAUGCAGCUACUGAAUAACCGACUUGCCACAUACAUGGACACAGUAUGCACAUUGGAGCAAGAGAACAGUCAGCUGGAGAGGAACAUUAGAGAGUGGUAUGAGAAGAAUGAGCCUAAUGGUCUGCCAGACUGCAACAAGUACUACAGGACCAUUCAGGAGCUCCAGAGACAAAUCUCUGAAGCCUCCAUACAAAAUGCUAAGGUGUUUUUGGACAUGGACAAUGCCAAACUGGCAGCUGAUGACUUGUUGAACAAGUAUGAAUUGGAGAGUAACCUGAGAAAUAGCAUUGAGUCUGAUGUCAAGGGUCUCCAUAGAGUCCUAGAGAGACUGAACAUGGAGAUGGGUGACCUUCAAAUGUGUGUCUGCAACCUUCAGGAGGAGCUCCAAGAGCUGAGGAAGACUCACGAAGAGGAAGUCAACUGUCUGCGUACCCAGUUAGGUGCUAGAGUCAGCGUAGAGGUCAAUGCUGCUCCAUGUAAAGACUUGAACAACACCUUGUCUAAGAUUCGACAGGAGUAUGAAAACCUAAUGGACAGAAACCUUAACGAAGUGGAGGCUAUCUUCCUUGCAAGGAGUGAAGAACUCAACAGUGAGAUGGUAUUCGGGUCUGAACAGAUACAGUCAGUUUCUAGUGACCUUAUUGAGCUGAAACGCAGAGUCCAAACACUAGAGAUUGAGCUUCAAAGCCAAUUAAGUGUGAAAUUAGCUCUAGAGGACUCACUGGCCGAAACCGAAGCCUCUUACCAAUCUCAGCUGGCCCAGUUACAAUGUUUGAUCAACAACAUAGAGUCAGAGCUGGGACAAACACGAUUUGACCUGGAACAGCAAAACACUGCUUAUAAGAUCCUCAUGGACCAGAAGAACCACUUGGAGAUGGAGAUUGCCACCUACAAACAUCUUCUAGAAGGGCAUCACAUCCACGCUUCUGUUCACAGCAAUAAUACUGAAAUUCAUCAUGGUGUAAAAGUUCAGCUCACCAAAGGACAAGUUCAUCAGGCAAAUGUUCAGCUCACCAAAGCACAAGUUCAUCAGGCUAAGUGUUAA